UACGGUCUGUUGAUAUUAAUCAGAAGACUUUUGGAAUGCGCAGAGAGUACACGGAUCAAAACAAUCACUGAUCUAUACGCCGUAUUCUAGCUUCAAAAUGCCAAAAUCUUUUCUCGUGAAAAAGAAAACUGAACGUUGUAGGAAGAUACCAACUACUCUUAUCGUCGCGAGCCCCGGGAACGGUUUUGUCCGAGAGUUUAAUCAAAUCAGCGCCAAUGCGUCUGGCCAGGAUAAGUGUGUCAAAGAAUCUCUUCCCAACUUCGGGAAAAAAGCCGACGCUCACUUCAGUGUCGUAUCAGAGCCCUCAAGAAUCUUUUCGCAAAAUACCUUCCUUAGUUCUGCACUUGGAAACAACAACAUUCAGACUGGGAAGCAGAAUCAAGAAGUUCAAGAUGCCAUAAGAAAGCAAGCACUCUUGGCGAGAGCCAAUGCUGAAGGGAUAGAAAUCGCCUCAGGGAAUUUUGGCUCCGAUGGGAAAGUCACAAAUCUACCGAUCAGAAAUCAGUGCCAGCACUGUCACAAGACCUACACUUCCCUUACCAAUCUACUGAGACACCAACAGUUUCAUUGCAACACUCACCAGAAGAGGCCCUUCCACUGUAAAUACUGUGAGAAAUUGUACGUCUCCCUUGGAGCGCUAAAAAUGCACAUUCGCACACAUACGCUGCCUUGUAAGUGCAAAAUUUGCGGCAAGGCCUUCAGCCGGCCUUGGUUGCUGCAAGGACAUGUUCGCACUCAUACUGGGGAAAAGCCUUAUAAGUGCACGUACUGUCAAAGAGCCUUUGCCGAUCGUUCAAAUCUCCGAGCUCACCUUCAAACUCACUCCGAUGUAAAGAAAUACUGUUGUCCUCGCUGCUCGAAAUCUUUCUCUCGCAUGUCAUUACUAAUGAAGCACGAAGAAUCAUGUCCGGUCACCCUGCAACACACUGGAAGGCAAUGAACACUGAAACAGCUACAACAGCUGAACGAAACUUUGUGAUAUCGUAUAUUAUAAUUGAUAAAUAUAAGCCCGUGAUAGCUGGGUGUGUUUACUGAAAACAUAAAACCGCUUGCAAAUAUUUUUAUAGAUCAGAUUUUGAUAUCUAAUACAUAUGUAUAUAUCGCUCAAAAUGUAGCUUUCUUCGACGGUUAUAUAAGCCAGAUUUGACACGAAUUCCAAUAAUUUGGGGAAGAGCAUUUUUUCACAAGAAUUCCAAAUUUUUUUCUUGUACUGAUAUUUUUGUUAUUAUUAAUGAUAGAAUUAAGAGAGACGUGAUCGUUAAGCGGUCUAAAGAGCACAUUGAAGUGAAACAGUACGUUUAUACCACACUUCCUCACAGUGGUGUACUUUAACAAUAUCGAAAACAUCAGCAGUCUUUGACAAGUUCGUUUGACGCAUGAAUAUGCCUUGACUGAUCGUGAGCAAGUAGCUCAAGAUGAGAUAAGAAAGAUAUAUUCUUCGAACGUUUCUAGUUCAUUUGUUUCUUGAUAAACAGCCGAGGUAACAGGUGCCUCGACUGAGCAUUAGUGUGUACUUAAAAUUCAAAGGCGCACAUUUGAUUAGGUGUUGAGUACUGAUUUUUUUAGAUAUAAAAACCAAGUAACUGCUGAAUAAAAUGAACAAUCAUCAAAGCA